AUGACGGCAAGUGUCGUUCCCGAGCAACCAACCACUGUCCUGCCAGUACGCGUCACGUGGAGCUCCCUCUCGGUUCUUCUCAGUCUCUGCCUCAGUCUCAACAUUGUACUCACGCCGCUGAAGGCCUACCUCUGUGAGCCGUACCCGUGGCAGCUACCGCCGCUGCCGCCGGUCCUCACUUCGUCCGACGCUCCGUGGUCCGCCGUUGAGGCGACCCUUCUCGAGGCUGCCAAACGCCAAUACAACAGCUCGAGCUUUGCCAGCGGGACGUUCGUCUUUGACGCUGAAACGUGGACGAGCGUGUACCGCGACGUGCUUCGUCUGCCACCGCCACCCGUGUCGUGUCAAAUCGACAUCAUGACUCAGUUGAACGCUGGAGUCUUUUUACCCCACGCGCUUCAAGAGAGUAUCUGCGCUACCGUCUUCAACACUUCAAUAUCGGUCAGCGCUUGCUUUGAGGCACAGCUCUUUGCCUCGACCUUCAACGUCGGAUGCGUCUGGACGGUGCCCAGCAACGCCUCGGUGAUCGUUUACGGAGCGUACCGCAUGACAUCGUCGGUCGCAGCACUCAGCGUCAAGCUCGCGGCGCGCGUCUCGCUCACUGUCUGGCGCCGGUACUAUUCUCAAUACCGCAGGCUCGCGCAGCUCUGUAAUCGCUAUCCCAAGGUCGCCCGCGUUCAUAUUUGUGUCGGAGACCCUACGAGCAUCUUCCUCUUGCAUCCUGUGCUGUGCCUCUGCUUGGUGCUCGACGUUUGGCAGAGCGUCGGGACCGUGUACUUGCAGAUGCUCGCCGUGCUGCAAGUUGACGAUUUCUGGCAGUUUGCACUUGGAUACCUCUACCUCUCUCGCAGCGUGUGGUUUUGCUAUUCGUUUCUCUCUUGCACGUCCAUGUUGCUCAAGAAACACAAGCGCGAGCACUGGUUUUCGCCGCUGGACCCGACCCUUACGGCUGUCGCCGUCUUCUUUUACACGAUCGCGCUCGGGCAACUGUCGCUCUGCGCUGGCUUUGGCUUGCGCUGUGUGCACGGCUGGCGUGUGAAGCAGCCGACGGACUACGCAGCCAUCGCAUUCAACGAUAUCAAGCAGCGCGUGCUCUUGAGAAUGGAGCGACUCUGCCUCGGCGUGCCUUCCAACGUGCGACGCCGCGGCGGCUCGAUCCACGCGGUUUGCGCGAGCCUUCCGCGGCUGAAAUCGUCACCGUGUAUUAGCCAACGCGGCGCCGACUGCUACCUCAUCUUGUACGAUCUGCAUGGUGUGGCCAUCGAGGUCGUGCGGUUGAGCUUGAUAUACUGCAUCGACACGACCGACGAAGCUCUUGACGUGCUCGUGCUGCCAACAUCCAAUCCAUUCGGCCACAUGACGCUCGUGCCCGACGAGACGACGGGUGUGAAUCGGCUAGUUCAUCACAUGCCGCUCGGCAGUGGCUGCGCAUGGAUCGAGUAGAGUGUCAGUGAAUUAUUGAAAUCCUAAAGUCAAGUUCGAGGCCCACUUCUCCACGAGAAGGUUUAGGGUACACGUUGCAUGGGCAUUUUUGUUUCACCUG